AUGUCGGACAUUCCAACCAUUGCGCCGCUCGUGGAGAAGCUGGACUCCCAGUUGGAUAAGUUGGAAGAUGCGCUUGAGCCGUUGCUGGGCAAUCUGAGCGAAAUGGCAUCUCAGCUACCUUUACUGGACAGAGCAAAGCUGUACUCUUUGACAGCAUACGCCAUCGAAUCUCUACUUUUCUCUUCUAUGAAGGUUCAAGGGGCGGACGCGCAGAACCAUGCAGUUUAUGGUGAACUCAAGCGAAUCCAGCAGUAUUUUGCAAAGAUCAAGGCAGCGGAAGAACCCGAUGCCAAACGGACCUUGACCGUUAACCAAGAGGCUGCUGCGCGCAUCCUGAAGGCUGACUUGGCUGAUAACAAAACUUUGAGCGCCAAGCUGGCAGAGAAGAUCGCCGAGGAGCGCGCCAAGGCACUUCUCAAAUCAGCAGCAGAGAGCAAGAAGCGAGGUGCAGACGAGACUGCACAAGCUGCUGGGUCUGAGUCAUCGCCAAGCCAGAACAAGAAGCCCAAAACGAAGGGCAAAGGCAAAAACCGGAACUAG